CACGUCGCCAAGAGCACCACUAUUCUCCCGUUCGUAGUUGGAGCGGCCGUGAAGCGACAGCGAUGCUUCAGCUCACGGACGACGAUGUGUCGCGCAUGAAGUCGCUGGGCCGAGAGGUGUGCACACACGUGGCGUACUCGGCUCGGCGCACGGAAUCGAGUCGGUCGCCGGUGCGGUGGACGACGAUCGGGUUUGAGAACCAUGUGGAGCUGUUCACGGGUCAAGACUUGGACGAUACGAACCGCACGCUCGCAUACAUGUGCGGCGUCACGCACCUCUCGGCCACGAUCGAUCAAGUGGCCGACCUGUUCAACGCCACCGACGUUGACGUCCCCCACGUCCGAGACUUUUACGCCGAGUUCCAUGCCGACUGGACGCACUCGCAGAUCGUGGCGCCGAUUCGGUCGCGGUCUCGGCAGUACCCUCGACACAUGAUCAGCUUGAAGACAGCGACGAUGGUCAGUCCCACCGCCACAAGUUCCCGCGACUUUGUCUACUUGGAGAGCCAAGAAGACGUGAUGGACCAAAAGCGAAACAAGCGCGGGUGGGUAUGCGCCAUGCACUCGAUCGACUUGGCGACCGUCGCGUCUCCUCCCGACUGCGUCCGGGGCAGCUUGUACCGGUCCGGCUUUGUCUUUACCGAGUCGGACGUUCCUGGCGAGCUCGAGGCGAUUUACCUGCUUCAGAUCGACUUCAAGGGCGGGGACGACGUGUCGCCACAGCUCGGCCAGACCAUGAUGAAGCGACGCAUCAUGAGUCUGCAAGUGCUCGCAGAUUACUUUGCCAGUCGACCUCCACCCCCCCACGCAACCAGCAGCUCGACCAACUCGCCACCCAGCCGAGUCCCAUCAAACAACCACAACAACCACCACGUCCCACAGCCACCACUUGGCCCGUCGAGCUAUCGAAAAAUGCAAGCCCCCCUGCCACAACAAGCAGGAGCCCCGCCGCACGGGGGAGGGUACCCGUCCGAUGAGUACACGCGGCACUCGCGCGACCUUCGUCACAUUACUGCGUCUCCGUCGCAGCAAAGCGACCCCCCUCCCAGUCGAUACCACGACGAUGCAUCGUACCAGUAUGGACGACAAGGAUCCCAACCAACUCAACCCGUUGCUCCAAACAGCCACCAUCCGUUUCACAUGGCACUUCCCGACCAAGUGCAGGUAUCCGGUAGUCGGUUGCAGGCGUCGCCACGUCUGCAGCUCCUAGGCGACAUCCACUUGAAGCCGAAACACGCGGCGACCCAGUGCGCAUGCUGUGUAUCGGGGUUCAACUUUUUGAAAAAGAAGCACAACUGCCGCGUAUGCGGCGAAGUCGUGUGUUCGAGCUGCUGCACCCAGCAGCGCCCCGUGGUGCCCGUCGAAGGCAUUAAAAAGUACCACAUAUGCACCUUGUGUACGAUGGACAGCCGACGGUCCGUCGCCGCCUCCCACCCCGGACUGAACAACCUGCAAAUGACCAAGUCAGAGCCCAACAAUCGCAGCGUACUCAGCGGCGCGGGUGGCAUGAUCCGGUCCCCCAAGUCGUCGCUGAGCGGGACGCAGCCCCCCCCACGCUACAAGUCGCCCCACGGACAACCGCCGGCUCAAGAUAUGCGACAGGGGGGCACCGUGCGCUUGCGCCAGCCGCCGCCAGCCCCCCGACCGCCCUACCCUGACUACGACGAAAUGGAUCUGCGUCUAAACAACAUUAUGAACCCAGUACAUGCCAACAUGUACUCGAAGCCAACCAUGCCGCAGCUGCAAAACUACCACCCGCCUUCCCAACAACUGCACCAAGCAGUAGCCCCACUUCAUAACCGACCGAGCCAUCAUCACGCCAGUGGAUACCCGCCCAGUCACCACCACCACCACCAGCACCAGCAUCAACAUCAUCAACCGCCACCACAGCACCAACAGCCCCCAUACAACCCGACCCGCCCGUCCACCCAACCGCCGCCGCCAUCUCGGGGGUUCCGUCAACACGCACCUCCCACGUACGAAAACUAUGGCGGAGGAGGAGCGUCGUCGAUGGUGUCAACCAACUACCCGGUGCCUCGCUACAACGGCACCAACCGACCAGACGACCCCCGCAUGUCCAUGCUGCGGGACGAACGCGAGUCGUUUCUCAACUUGUACGAUGACGUCGGCACAUCUGUAUCCCGCGCACAGCCCGUAUACCGCCAUCCCGCGCCCCACAACAACCCGUCGAUGCUGUCGUCGCGACCUGUUGCCACCCAAGAGGUGUACAUCCCCCCGGACGCCCCCACCACGACUGCCGUGAACCUCGGCGACUUGCGAAAUGCACCGGAUGUGCUCGCCGCGCUCAAUCAGUCGCGGGCGGGGGCCGGCACGGGACUACGGCUGGAAAUCAUUUCCCCCCAUCGGACCACCCAGCCAGCCCUCGCGGAGCCGGAAAGCGAACCGUACGGACGAAGCUAUCCGGACCACGCCGCCACGCCGCCGCCUGUGACAGGGGGAUACACCCAGGCGAAAGAAACCACGUCAUCCCCGAAAAAACCGUUGUUUUCGACGCCGAGAGCGGAAGGGGCGGCGCUCGUGCCCCCACAGCAUCCCGGUAUUUACAAAGGAUCGCGCUACCGUAUCAAAGAAACAAGGUACUAUGCGACGUCAACAGACGCCAACCCAGACGAGUACGUGACCCAAGAUCGAGACAGCAUCCUCGUCGACAUGCCGUCGUCGGCGCCGCCUUUGAUGGACGCCCCAUCCGACCCCACGGCGCUCACCGUGUCGCGAUUCCUGGACCACGACAUCGACAUGUUCUUGCAACCUAUGGAGAACCAGCCGACGACUGCCGCCACUAUCCCCGCCGCUCCAUUGCUGGAAAAUGGCGCCAACCACCCGCCUCCAAAUGUGGCGGACCUCUUGGCGCGGCUCCAGCAGCACCAGCCGCCGACCCCGUCCGCCGCGACUCGUCCGAAUGAAUCCGGCGACGUCGUGGCGCUGACUCAACUGCUCGUCGACCGCCUGCGCAUGGCCUCCGACGAAGAGCGCGCGGUGAUCCGUGGGGCACUUGCUGCCGCCGUCCAGUAACCGUCCACAGUAUCUCACAUUAGGCUUUGCGUGCAGUGUUGCUACAAGCUUACGGAAACAAAAUAAUACUACUAGUAAUAGAACAUGGUUCGCUCGAGA